GCAAACCAAAAAAAAUCAUAGUACGCGCCACCGUUGCUGACAUAUGGAAUCCAACACAUCACGAGCGCUUCGGACUCAAUUCAAUUCCAUUCUUCUUCGUUUCCAAAAAUCAUUAAUUAGUGUGUGACUGUGUGUUGGGUUGUUCUAAAAUUGGGAUUCUUACUGAUUCGCUGGCUCUCAUUAAUUUUUGCUGGUGGAAUCUGAAUUUUGUUUCUAUAUAUAGAGAGGAUUUAUAGAGAGAGAGUACGCUGGCUGUGACCCGCAUAUUUGAAGAGGAGACCACAUUGCUCUUGCGAGGAGGGCAAGAGCUCGCCAUGGGCCUUCAAAACGAUGACUAUGAGUCAGACCGUCGCAGGGUCCACUCUGAUGAUCAAUUACGCGUUGAAGUUCCUGAAACUGCACAUCAAAUCAGCCAAGAUUCAUGGCUUCAAGUCGGUUUUGUCCUCACCAACGGUAUCAACAGUGCUUAUGUAUUGGGGUAUUCUGGGACGGUUAUGGUUCCUCUCGGUUGGGUAGGUGGUGUAGUCGGUUUACUUUUAGCCACGGCGAUAUCGUUGUAUGCAAAUGCCCUUGUUGCUAGGCUCCACGAAUUUGGGGGAAAGAGACAUAUUAGAUACCGAGACCUUGCAGGAUUUAUAUAUGGCCGGAAAGCUUAUUCUCUUACAUGGGCAUUGCAAUAUGUAAAUCUCUUCAUGAUUAACACUGGAUUUAUCAUCUUGGCUGGUCAGGCUCUAAAGGCAACGUAUGUUCUUUUCAGAGAUGACCAUGACAUGAAGCUUCCAUACUUUAUUGGAAUCACAGGGGUUCUAUUUACCUUAUUUGCCAUCUCCAUACCCCAUUUAUCAGCUUUAGGGGUAUGGCUGGGAUUGUCAACAAUUUUCAGUCUGAUAUAUAUCGUCGUAGCAGUUGUGUUGUCAGUUCGAGAUGGAAUUGAUGCUCCAGCCAGAGACUACAGCAUCCCAGGCUCCAAGACGAGCAAGAUCUUUACAACUAUUGGUGCAGCUGCUAAUCUUGUUUUUGCAUUCAAUACAGGAAUGCUUCCUGAGAUACAGGCAACGGUGAAACAGCCAGUUGUUGAGAACAUGAUGAAAGGUCUUUACUUUCAGUUCACUGCCGGAGUUUUACCAAUGUAUGCUGUUACUUUUGUGGGGUACUGGGCCUAUGGAUCCAGCUCUUCAUCCUAUUUGCUCAACAAUGUUAAAGGUCCAGUUUGGGUGAAGGCAACAGCCAAUAUUUCUGCCUUCUUGCAGACCGUCAUUGCUCUACAUAUAUUUGCGAGUCCAAUGUACGAGUACCUGGAUACAAAGUUUGGCAUUAAAGGAAGCGCAUUGGCAAUUCGCAACUUGUCGUUCAGAAUUAUGAUGAGAGGCGGUUACCUAGCAAUAAACACACUCUUGUCAGCUCUACUGCCGUUCCUCGGAGACUUCAUGAGCCUCACGGGGGCUAUCAGCACUUUCCCGCUUACAUUUAUCCUUGCAAACCACAUGUACAUGGUUGCUAAGAAGAACAAGCUGAAUUCUGUACAGAAGCUCUGGCACUGGCUCAAUGUCUGUGUCUUCGGUUGCAUGUCCCUUGCAGCCGCAGUUGCAGCCUUGAGGCUUAUUGCAGUAGACUCUAGAACUUAUCAUCUUUUUGCUGAUUUGUGAUGAAUCUUGUAUUUACUUUCAAUUGGAAAUGUAUUAUUUAGCCUAUACAUUGAAGCUUUUAGCAUAGAAAGAAAAUUUUCAUACGUGUGUGUCUUUCUCUA